CUGGGAAGGAAUCACUUUAAAAGAGAAUCAGUGAUUCCAAAAAUGUCGUCACCAAUAUAUUUGCUGAUGAUCUUCCUGAUGUUCCAACUUUUACAAACGAAUGAUAGUAUAUCUUUCAAUGAUGAUUUUUUUUUCAUAAAGAUCUGUUAUAAAGGAAGUACAGUAUGUCUCCUACAUAGUAGACAGAUUCCUAAGAAACCAGCUCAUGUACCAAAGUCUCUGAAACAUGUCAAAAACGUCACAAGCACUAAUAGAGGUCGUAAAAACAAAAUAUUUUGGAAACAACGAAGUGUGAAUCGUAAAGAUUAUAUGGUACAGAUAAAAAAGGACUCAGAAAGACCGGAUAGAGCUACGUUUUCUCUAUUUAUUCCCGUAAAGACAUAGUUAAGAACUUGUCAGUGAAGCAAAUCGAAAAG